AAACCGUAUAUUACGUGGAACUCUUAAUCGCGACACGAUCCAACUUCUCUUAUCUCCUCCUAAUUUUCCCUCCAAACACGUUGAAACAAAAAGAAAAAAAUCAGAAGGAACCUGAAACCCUCUCACAGUAAAAACAUCACCAUCUCAAUUCUCAACCACACAAAUCUAAAGCUUCUAACUUUUUGAUUUCUUCUUCUUCCCGGAAAACAACAACGAUCUCCCUCAAUCAUCUCUUCCAAAAUGAGCAGCAAGAUGGCGUUUACUCUAACAAUCCCUCGAUUUUCUGCAAUUUCUCGUAAACCCAUCACUCCUUCUCCUUCGAGGACACACUCUGCUCCUCACUUCACUCAUGCACGAUCGAUCUCCCUCAGACGAAGACUUUUCUUAUUGCCUCUUCAAGCUUCUACCGAUCAAUCAGGUCAGGUUGGUGGGGAAGAAGUUGAUAGCAAGAUUUUACCAUAUUGUAGCAUCAACAAGAAUGAGAAGAGAACAAUCGGAGAAAUGGAACAAGAGUUUCUCCAAGCCAUGCAAUCUUUCUAUUACGAAGGCAAAGCGAUUAUGUCUAAUGAAGAGUUUGAUAACCUUAAAGACGAGUUGAUGUGGGAAGGAAGCAGUGUUGUUAUGCUAAGUUCUGAUGAACAAAGAUUUCUUGAAGCUUCAAUGGCUUAUGUCUCUGGAAACCCAAUCUUGAGUGAUGAAGAGUAUGAUAAGCUCAAAUUGAAACUAAAGAUGGACGGAAGUGAGAUUGUGUGUGAGGGUCCAAGAUGCAGUCUUCGUAGCAAAAAGGUUUACAGUGAUCUUGCCAUUGAUUACUUCAAAAUGUUCUUGUUGAAUGUACCAGCCACUGUUGUUGCUCUCGGACUAUUUUUCUUCCUUGAUGACAUUACGGGUUUUGAAAUCACGUACCUGCUCGAGCUUCCGGAACCAUUCAGUUUCAUUUUCACAUGGUUCGCUGCGGUGCCUGCAAUUGUUUAUCUGGCGCUAUCACUCACCAAACUGAUUCUCAAAGACUUCUUGAUCUUGAAGGGCCCUUGUCCAAACUGUGGAACAGAGAAUGUAUCCUUCUUUGGAACGAUAUUAUCCAUCUCCAAUGAUGGUAACACCAACAAUGUCAAAUGCUCCGGCUGUGGAACGGAGAUGAUCUAUGACUCAGGUUCUCGUUUGAUCACAUUGCCAGAAGGAGGCAAAGCUUAAAACCUAUGAGCCAAGGCAAAUGUGGAAAUGUAUGUUAAAUUGAUACUAACAGAUGAAGAAAGUGGAGAAAUUAAA